UUCCGGAUGGGCUGGGCCUGCUCCGGGAGUUUGGGGGAUGCUGGAUUCUUCCGGAACCGCCCGCGACCAGUGGCCACUCCCUCAGCUCCAGGAACUGCCUGAGUGCAGUUACAAACAGAACGCUUGAACCGGUAACAGUCACGUGAGGGCCCAGGCAGAAUCGAGGGAGAGCAGCCAGCUGAUCACCAGCAUCCCUGUGGCUAACCGCACUGCCAGGGCCUGGCCUUCUGAACCAUCUUCAGUAUCAUGGAGCCUCCUGGAGAGAAGCCAGGAGAAGCUGAGGCACUGAUUAUCACACCCCAGCUGCUGAAGUCCCACUCUGGAGAGUUUGCCCUGGAUUCCAUCCUGUUGCUGAAACUUCGCGGUUUAGGGGUGGUGGAUCUGGGUUGUUUGGGGGAAUGCCUUAACCUUGAGUGGCUUGACCUAUCAGGCAACGCACUUACCCACUUGGGCCCACUGGCGUCCCUGCACCAGCUGGCUGUGCUUAACGUCUCCAAUAAUCGACUGACAGGGCUGGAGCCACUGGCAGCCUGUGAGAACCUGCAGAGCCUCAAUGCUGCUGGGAACCUGCUGACCAAUCCCGGCCAGCUGCAGUGUCUAGCUGGGCUGCAGGGGCUGGAGCACCUGAGGCUCCGGGACCCUUUGGCCCGGCUUAGCAACCCACUUUGUGUAAAUCCCUCCUACUGGGCUGCGGUCCGAGAGCUGCUGCCUGGCCUCAAAGUCAUAGACGGGGAACGUGUGAGUGGGCGGGGCAGUGAGUUGUACCAGUUAUGCCGAGACCUGGACAGUUCCUUGCGCUCCAGCACCAGCCUAGGCCCCAGAGCCAUUGAGGUCCAGCCGUGGGUAGAGCCCGGCUACUGGGAGUCCUGGCCCAUCCGGAGCAGCUCCAUUCUGGAGGAGGCCUGCCGGCAGUUCCAGGACACACUGCAGGAAUGCCUUGACCUGGAUCGUCAGGCCAGUGAUAGCUUGGCCCAGGCCCAGCAGGCUCUCAGCCCUGCGAAAACCACCUCUUCCUUUGUCUUCUGAAUGCAACUCAACAGCCAAGGUAGUCUGGCCAUGGUAGUCUGAUGGAUUGUAGACAUUCCUCCCCUGCCCAUGCCCUUGCCUCUCGGUUUAUUUUUUUCUGGUCACUGACCCUGCAAACUAGGUCGUUCAUUCAUCCCUUUCUUGAAAGCUUCCUAACUCUACAUCUCCCAACGACAUUUCCUGCCCCGUUCGCAGGGGCAUGCUUUCUAGGUAGCCUCUAGAAGGUAGAGGAAAUCCCCUCAUUAUCAACUACACUACAUAUACAAAUAACUCUGCAGCCAGGCUCCAGGCGUGCUGAGCCUGGCUCCCUCAGAUGCCCAACUUAAGGCUUUGUGGGUAAGGUUGCUUGCCACCUGCUAACUCCUAUUAAAUAGUUCUGUGCUCAUAUGUAUCUCUUCUUGUCUCUUCUCAGCCAACACGGGCUUCUGUACCUCUGCUUUGGUCCUGUGGGAGGCUCCUACACUUACCCCACCUGCUUCUCUCUUGUGCUAGGUAGGAAGUGUGAAGAUGCUCACACGCGCGCGUACACACACACACAUACACACACACACACACACGCACACAGAGUCUUUGAGCUUCCCUCAUAUGUACAGGUUGAGCUGAGGGAAGAACAACAACACAAGGAUGGAAAGGAACAGUUUUAUUAGCCUGGAGUUGAAAGUCUUUGGGAGGCCAUAUGGUGGGUACCGCCACGGCUGUACAGGAAGUAAGAUGAAACCCUACAGAAGAAGGGAAAACCAGAUUGGGUGUGUAGGAGGUUAUUUUUGUUCUGAUCUUGGCUUUUAUUUUUCCAUUUCACAUGUCCCUUUUCUUCCUCCUUUAGCCCAAUUUCCCCAUGGCCCCUAAUGGCCCUCCCCAUUAACCACGUACCUGUCCAGGGCUUAUUUGGAUUGUAGAGCCCUGGAGAAGGCAAACUGCCCAGGGAAGAAGUAGAUGCGGGAGUCCUCGCCGGCCUGUGCUAUCUUACUGCACUGGGACUCCUGAGGCUCCUGCUAGAAGCAGCCCGUGUUGAUUGCAGCAAUGCCUAGGAAGGGAGGCACCCCCACAACCCCAGGGGAAUGUCCCAGCCAUCCCCUCCCCGAGUCUUCUUUCCCGGUUUCCUGUACUUCUCCUACAGACUCGGAUUUGAUCUGUCCCUCCAGGCCUCUCCCUAACCUCUUUCCCUUCUUACCUGAGGCCCUUGCUUCAGUAUUGGGCAGUGGACCAUCCGGCCUAGAACUUUACCCUUGGGGUCCAGUUUGAUGCAGGCCAGGCAUUUCCGCUUCCUCUGGGGAGGAGAACAUGAGUGUCAGGGUGGAGACUGGCCUCCUGGCCUGUUCUAAAGUGGAGGGAUGUGGUGAUUUGAAUAAGAAUGUCCCCCAUAGGCUGAGAUAUUUGAAUACUUGGUCUCCAAUUGGUGGUGCUGUUUGGGAAGUUUUAGAAAGUUUGACCUUGAUGGAGGAAGUACUUCGCUGGGGCGGGCUCUAAGAUUUAAAACCUUGGACCACUCCCAAUUCACUCUGCUUCUUGUUUACAUGAAAGGCUAUGAGUGCUUACCUUCCUGCUCUGGGGGCUAUGCCUGGUGGCAUCCACAUCUCCCUACCUCCCACCCUGAUGGGCUUUUAUUCCUCUGGAACCCUAGGCCAAAAUAAACCUUUCCUAUUAUUAGUUGAUCUUGGUUAUGGUAUUUUAUCAGGACAACAGUAACAGAAGCAGAUGGAUAUGCAACUUACCCUGAGAGGAGAUUUUGGAAGUUCUCCCCUUUGGACACAGUCUCAAGAAGUAGCCCAGACUGAUCUAGAAUUUGUAGUUUGCCUGCUUUAACUUCUCCAAUGCUGGCAUUGCUACCCUUGGCUUGCCUGCAGACUAUAGUGCUUUAUCCUGUGCAGGGGCCAUUCCUGUGUGAGCAUGCCUAUGUGUACUGCUCACAGGCAGCACACUGCACGGGUGUAUUCACAGGGGCCUGUGUUAAUGUGCAAACAUGUUUAAAGGCAAGAAUUCCCCAGA